AUGUAUCGAAUCUUUGCUCAACUAAAGGACCACAUAAAUAAAUUAGAUGAACUUGAUCUACUCAAUCGAUUAAUUAAGGAGACAAAACAACGACAUGACGCCCAAACGUCACUUGAUAAAUGGGAAGAUAAUUCUCGAAUCAAUCGUCGUCUCAAAGAUCUUCAAGCUAUCUUUGAGUUCAAUGGUGAUAAUAAAUCAUCGAACCAUCCAUUCCGUGUCACACCAACCGGUUUACAACAGAUAAUAGAUCGACAAAAGAUCAAAUCCUACUUCGAUUUAGGAUGUGGAGAUGGAAAUAUUACAGCUGGAAUCGGAGCUUAUUUAGGUUUGACUAAAGAAGCAAUUUUCGGAGGUGAUGUAUACGAAGUACAAAAUAAGGCAAUUACAUUUAUUAAAGUGAAUGAAAAUCAAUCAACUAUUGAUCUUCCUUCUAAUCAUGUUGACCUUAUAACUUCUUUCGUUACAUUUCAUCAUAUAUCUCAAAUUAAACAGACGCUUACCGAACUUGUUCGCAUUCUUCGACCAGGAGGUUAUCUUAUUUUGCGUGAACAUGAUUGUAAAAAUGAAUAUUCACUUUCAGCCAAAUAUCUUAAUUUUGUUCAUGCUAUCAUGAUGAUUGCACGAGUUGGAGAAUUUGCUGAUUCUCCAAAUGAUCAUGACAGAAAAAAUCAA